UUAGAAUCAAUCGCGAAAGUUGUAAAUAAAGGAAAAGAAAAAACAUAAUUCAAAAGAAAAAGGAAAGCAAUAAAAAGGUAAUUAAACUGAAAAGGGAGGACAAUUGCGGAAAUUCAGAGGCAAGGACACACCUUCACGAGCGGACCUGCAGCGAACCCAAACCCAACUGAAGGAGAUGGGCUUUUAGUUCUGUACUUGGUUCGGUUGCAACUUAGAAUUCGACUGCAGACAAUAAUCAUAACUUCUCUAACUCUGGCUUUUGUAUGCUGAUUUUGGAAUUAAGGAGUAUAUUAGUCUAGAACUUGUUCGCUCCAAUUCCGGGGGAUAAUCUUAUCAAUUCCUUCAUUCACCGCUAUCUUGUUCUGGUGCAUUCUCCUUAAACUGGGUGCUUUUCUCUUAAGGGUCUGCCAAGGGGUUUACUAGUUGGUGAAGUUAGUGUCCAAAACCAUGGGAACCACAUUUAAUACGCAAAUUUUGGUGGACAAGCUAGCAAAGCUCAAUAGUACGCAGCAAAGCAUUGAAACUUUAUCACAUUGGUGUAUUUUUCACAUGAACAAAGCUAAACAAGUUGUUGAAACUUGGGCCCAGCAAUUCCAUUGCUCACCACGUGAGCAGAGAUUGGCGUUUCUUUACCUUGCAAAUGAUAUUCUUCAGAAUAGUAGGAGAAAGGGUUCAGAAUUUGUUGGUGAGUUCUGGAAGGUCCUUCCAGAUGCUCUUCGUGAUGUAAUUGAAAAUGGAAAUGAGUUUGGAAGAAAUGCUGCAUUACGGCUGAUCACUAUCUGGGAGGAGAGAAAAGUAUUUGGUUCUCGAGGGCAGCUUCUGAAGGAAGAGUUUGCUGGGAAGCAUGUUGGGAAUGGAAAGCAUAGUGGAGUCAAAGUGCUGGAUAGAACUUUCUCAUCACACUCUUUGCGGAGAAACUCAACUGGGGAUGCCCUUGACAAAAUAGUUUCAAGUUAUCAGAUGCUGUAUGGUGGUCAAAUUGAUGAAGACGCUAUAUUGAGCAGAUGUAAAAAUGCCAUUAGCUCUGUUGAUAAAUUAGAUAAGGAGAUUGGGGGUGAUCUAAAUCCAGGCCAUCUUAAUGGAUCUGGUAUAGCGGAUGAGCUCAAGGGGCAACACACUAUAUUGAAGGAUUGUAUCGAGCAGCUAACAACUGUUGAAUCAUCCAGGGCAAACCUCAUCUCUCAUCUUAGAGAGGUCCUCCAAGAGCAGGAAUAUAAGCUGGAUCAAGUCCGCAAUCAACUUCAGGCUGCUCAGUCCCACGCAGAUCAGGCAGGCAAUAUUUGUAAACAGUUGCUGAAUUGUGAUGCCAAUGGGCAAAUCUUGGCUGAGCAGAAUCGAAAGGAAGCUAGCACCUCCCAAGCUGCACAGGCAUAUGUAGCAGGAAAUCGAGAGCAAUCUGCUCCAGUGAUGUACACUCGACAGGUAUCUUAUGAAAAAUCUGGCAACCUUGAUGAAGAUAUGAAGUCUGCAGCUGCUGCAGUGGCAGCAAAGCUCACUGCAUCAACAUCUUCAGCCCAGAUGCUGACUUAUGUUCUCUCAUCCUUGGCGUCCGAGGGUGUCAUAGGCAACUCAAGUAAAGAAUCUUCCCACGAUAAUCAAUCGGAGAAAAGGGUGAAGCUUGAAAAUGACCACUCAGCUUAUGUCCCUUCACAGAACCCUCAAGAACCCCUCUCAUUUUUCUCUCAAUCCUUCUCAAUGCAACAUAAUCUCCCGAGCACAGCUCAGGAAUCUGCUCCAAUUGAACCGCCUCCUCUACCAUCAUCGCCUCCACCAUUGCCACCCCUGCCUCCUAUGCAGCCAUAUCCAGUGCCUCAGUGCAUGCAGACGUGUGUGCAGAUACCUAAUUCUGCAUUUGUUUUCGCGACAAGCCAGCAACCUUCAGCAUUGCCUGGUUUUCCCCAAGUUGUGCCUCCUGCCAAUGGGGUUUCUCCUUAUACAUCUUCCACAACAAAUGCUUACCAAGGGUAUUCAACUGAUAGUAGUUUAUAUAGCCAGUCUUCAUCCUUGCCGAUGGCCCCCGUUACCCGUCAAUAGGAUUGACCGUUUCCUGUGGUGCCUAGAAUGGUUUGUUUGGUAUUUUAGCGCAAAUACAAUCAUACUUAGCUUCUCUGUCACUUAAUUUUAGGGUUCUUGACAGCUUUUACAUAAUUAGCUAGUCUGAUGUAUACAAUUAGGCUAUUCACUUUGUAACUAUGUAACUUAUGUUGUGAUUUUAUUUCUAGAUUGGAGGUUGUUGGUGUUUAUAUAA